ACCGCCUGUGCCUCCUCUUGUCCCAAAGAAAAACAGAGAGAGUUUGAGAGAGCAAGAAAGGGAGACGGGGAGAGAACGGGAGAGAAAGAGCGAGAGAAGGGAAGAGAGAAAGAGGGAGAUCGUGUGAGAAGAGGCGAGAGAGGAAUAGAGCAAACGAGAGAGUGAGAGAUAGAGAAGGAAGAGAAGAACGGUAGAGAAGACAUGGAUUGCCACGGAAGCCAUGGUCCUCCAGCGAAGUUCUCACCAGAAGCUCUGCCCCUUUUCUCCGAGGGUAUUCAUCUCAUUCUCUCUCGGUGGACAGCACUGAGGUUGGCGGUCGAGAAUGAGUGGGGAGGCCGGAGCUCCCGCCAGAAGUUUGACAAUUUGGUUGUCGACCUUAUCUCCUGGUUCACUGCUUCCAAAGAUAUCCUUUACAUUGAUGAGUUGGAAACAAUGCUCGAUGAGAAUAUGUUAGCUUCCUUCAAUGCAGAGAUUGAGGAUGGUAGCAUCGAGGAGGUGGCAGAGCAACUGAUGACUUUGCAUGAAGAGUGUCUUCAAGGAAAUUUUGAAUCCUUGUUGAGUUUGAGAAGCUCAAGCAGUACAAGUGGUGCUGUUUCUGGAAGUAGACAGGUUAUUGACCAAAAUGAAGAUGAUAGUUCAGACGAGGAUAUGGCAUUAGAUGUCGAUAUGCAAGAAGAAAAAAGUGUUGUUGGAUCAUCUGCCAUCCAACCAAGUUCGGAAAUUAGGAUCCAAAAUGGAGUGUGUGGCUCGGCCCAAGAACUUAAUCAUGCAUCAGAUAUGUCAAUGGAUGCCAAUGUUGAAGAAACAAAAGAUGCUGGGGAUGGAUGGACUGUCAUUACUUCGAAGAGGAACCGGGGUAGGAAGUCCAAAUAGUCAUUUAUACCCAAUGGCUUUUCUUUCAGCUUUGAGAAUUUCACCACUUACUUGGCAUGCAAUAGCUGACUUGCUGGAGUUAUGUGUGCCAUGUGCGUGUUGCCGGUGCUUGUGCGUACAUGCACUUGAUCUGUUUUGAUCUGCAUGUGUAAAAUCUUGUGAAGCGGUUUUUAUUCCCUGGAAAAUUUUUGCUUUAGGCACCAGCAUUUUCGAAACAAUUAAGUUGUCAUUUUCUGUAGUUGGAAGAGGCUCUCCUAGUUAAUGUACAUGACGAUUUCAAUUAAGGGAUGGUUUAUUAUUCCAAUUAAACUGUUGAACGAUGUCAGAAAAGAUCUUGUGAUAAAUUGAUUAAAGGGCAAUUUGGGAAAUUAUACAGCAUGUUUCGUUCAGAAAGGAAUAUAUCAAUAGAAAGAUGUGACCAGGAAUCUAUUUAUCA